AUUAAACCAUCAAAAUUUGAUAUAAACAUCAAUUAUUUACAAAUUUAGUGAAAAGUGAACUAAUUAACACUAUUGCACCUUUUAAAUGUCCUUAAAAAGUUAUGUUGAACAAAUAAUGGUGUUAUUUUUAUAAAAAAAUGAGUUAUAUAUCGGAUCCUCCUCCAAAAGAACCAACAUUAGAACAGCAUAUGAUAGAGUUUGGAAAAGUUACAGCUGCUUCAAUAAAAAGCUGUAUUGAUCCCAAUAGGAAGUACUUGAUACUACAAGGAAAUAAAAUAGCACAAAUUUUCAUUAAGAAUGCAUUCGAAUUUUUUGAAAAACAUUUUCCUAAUAAAAAUCCUCAUACUUUAACAGCAAGAUGCUUGCAAAUCAACGUAACCGCUGUUAGAAAAUUCAAAAAGGGACCAACGGAAAAAUCUAUAAGUCAAAAACCAUAUGGUAGGAAAUCCAAAAGUGAGAAUGAAGUAAAAAAAGAAACUAAAAAAAAAUCUGAUACUGGGAGUAAAAAAAGUGGAGAAAAAAUGGUGAAACAAGGUGGAAUAUUACCACCGCCAACACAUUCAACCCAAAAUUUAAACUAUCAAUCCAAUGAAACAACUGUUCAAGAACAACCUUCAUUUGUGUCUCAAGGAAAUAGAGAAUUUAGUUCCCUACAAGUUCCCAUGUUUUCAAUUACUUCUCAAAAUAAUAUUUAUUCAUAUUCAUCUAAACACGCGAAUUACAUUGUCCAAAAACAAAUCUCUUCUCAAGAAACUAUGAAUACGUUAUCUAAACCCUCUAUACCUGAUAUAUUUCAUUUAAGCCCUGAACCUCAAUAUGGAGCACCAUCGGUAGCUGUAGCUACUAAUAUUAAUCAAAAAAACAAUUUGCAACAUCUAUCACAAAAUCCGAAUAAUUUUAUUAAACAAUUUAAUACUGAACAAGAGGGAUAUAGAUAUCAGAGUGCAGAUGUUCCUGACAAUGGUAGCCAUACAAAAGAUGUUGAUUGUUUACAAAAACAAUACAAUUUUGGAAAUUUGCAAACCAAUCAAAAUAGUUAUAAAUAUUAAAUCAUUUAUGUGAAAAGAUAAUUUUAUUAAUAAAAGUUGAAUUUUGUGCCUUUAAUAAUAUACAGAAGCUUGAAAUUUCAAUAAUUUUUAUACAUAUUAUAUUGAUUUUUAAUAUAUA